UAGAUAAGCCACUCCUGUUGCUAAUUUCAAGCAGAAAAGCAGGAAAUGUGACAGUGUAGUUUUCCGCUUCCAUAAACAAGACGAGUGCCAGAGUUAGCCGCCAGUCCUGUGUGCCUCUGGAUUGAGUCUCCCUCUGAGGGAGACAGACAUACUGACAGAGAAAGUGAGCGAGGGACAAGAGAGGGAGAAAGUGAGAGAACAGGAAAGAGAGGAGGCAGGAAGACAGGAAAACCCAUCAGAAGAAAAGACAAACGGGCAGGAAUUGAAAGAAGAAGAGGUGAAGGGAGAAGAAGGGAGUAAAAGAGACUGAACUGUAUAUCAGUCUCUCUUCUUCUCCUCGGAGUCAUGGCUGAGAACAGCACAAAUCUCUUUCUGGAAAUACUUCAGUCUUUUGAUGCUGUCCCUCUGAUCAUAGCAUUCUGCGUGUCCAUAGCGGUGGGCCUGGUUUUGGGGGCCUUAGUUUACGUUAUUUUGACCUGGAUGUCCCGUCGCAGAGCAGGCUCUGCCAGGAUCACCCGCCGCCCUCCUCGACAAUCACGUGCAUCUGCCCGCAACCGCCCAGGCUUUAACCGCAACAGCAGCUACGACCGGCGCAGCAACAACAGUUUGGUCAGUGCAGCUUUCAGCUUCCACCGCCAGACUUCCUCCCCAGAUCAACUCGACCCGCUGGGGCACAAAUCCAGCUUCAGGGCCUCAACCUUCCACCCUCUCCUCCAGUGCAGCCAGAUCGCGAGGGAGGCUGAGGAGGGGAGCCAGACCACGCUGCCUCGCACACCAACUCUGACCACGUCAACUGGAUCAGCUCAAACAGUAGUUCAGCCAGCGGCCACCCCACCCAGACCUGCGUCAUUUUGGGGGAACAAUGGCCUGAGGGGUUUCCAAGCCACACAGACCCCACCUCCAGCCUACGAGAGCGUUAUUAGAGCCUAUCAGGAAACAUGCACCUGAGAGGAGUCAGAGCUCCAGGCUGACUGUAACUAAAUGAGCCCAGAGUUGUAAAUGGAUUUACAAAUGAUAUUGGACUAAAUCUGUAUUGAUUUUAUGAGCAGGCGGAGCAGAAUGGAGCCAACAAGGACGUCAAAGGCAAUUGUUUGUACUGCUCUACACUUUGAAACAACAGUUUUGUUUGUCUUUUGGUUUGUUAAUAUAUAUCUGGCGUUGACAUGAGCAUACUUGCCUUCAUCAUUCAAUACUGAUGUAAAAUAUUUUGUAAAAAGCCAGUUUACACUCUUAGAAAAGAGGAAUAAUGGCUGCUUAUGAACAGAAAUUAUUCCUCUUAAUAAUUAGCAGUCUGUAUUAAAUGAUGAUUGACAUUGUAUGUUUGCACAGAAUCUUUGUUUACUCUAGACAAAGCUACAAAUCAUACUCUAGACUGGGCAUUCAUGUGUUCUUUGUCCCUGCUGAUCAUAAUAACUAUGCAAAAGAGAGAAUGAUUGUGUAUGUGUACACCAAAGAAAGGAGAAUGUUUAUGUUUUAAGUUGUAUUUAAUAAAUUCUGUCAUCCAUGUUUCUAUGCAAAGCCUGGUGGAGACCACUUUAAACUCAUUUGAUGUUUUAAUUGCUGUCUCACAUAUGUUUUUUCGAGACUGUGGUAUGUGGUGGUGUGUGGCAUUCAAAGACAUUUAGUGUGCCUGUGUUUACAAGUACAGUAAGUGUGAGCUUGAGAGGGAGAUUCACAGAAAGUUGGGUAAUAGCUGUCAGAUGUCUUUCUAAUUUAUAUUUGAGUGUAAUUUACUGAAAUUCCAGUAGUUUUCCAUACAAAACCUCUAUAGGGAGUUUGCUAGCCUUUAUCUUGCAGAUAAGGCAACAGAUAUGGACAUAAUACGAUAUAAAUCAUUAACAUCUGUUGAAUAUUGCAAUAGUGCAGUAGUCCUAAAAAAUAUACUACCUAUACUAUAUUAAAAAGAAUAUAAUGCAAUCGAAUACAACACCACUACAAAUGACGGCCUUGUGUCAAUCAGUCAGUACUGUACCACUGGCCCAACAUGUGUUUCUCUGGACAUUAUUCAAGUAAAGUCCAAGUUUUUGUAAAAAAUGUAGUUAACUCUGAGUCAAUGAUAG